AUGACGAGUCAGCCAAGGCUACCGGCCUGCGACCCCUGCAGGGCGUCCAAGUUGGCCUGCGACCAUGUCAGGCCUGUGUGUGGCCGCUGCCGCGCAAAAGCCCAAGGCUCAAGCUGUGAAUACCGACAAAGGCCGUUCAAGAAGACAAGGCGGACAAUUGGCGGCGGCCCUUCUCCCCAGAUUAAUAAGAAUGACCAAACGGUCCAUAGACACCGGUCCGAGACCGUUUCAAGCUCUUCCACGCCGGUUAGUGGACCGUUGCAAAAGCCAAACCGGUAUCCGAACCCCGGCUAUCUUGGGUCAUCCAGUUACACGACCCUUUUUGGUCAGCUGCCUCUUGGGGGAGGAAAUUCGGCAGAUGGAGAUGGCUUCAAUGCGACGCCCAAAAAUGGGACAAUCUCCGAGGCCAUGGUUAAUGAGGCCCAGGUGUCCCAUGGAGCCGAACUCAUCGAGCAGCUUCACCGAUUUCCUCACAUUCCGGCCUGUGUCAGACUCGUAAAGGGAUGGCUUGCCACUGGUGCUAAUCUGGCCCUCACUGAGUCGUUCACAGAACAAUGCGCUGAAUCCGCCGAGUUGAUUCUCACUGGAGCUCAGCUGGGUUCGCGAACAGCCAUCGAGGUGUCCCGCGACCUUUUCACUCAUUCAUGCCAGCCUCUUAUCGUGAACUCGUCCACGACUAUUGAAGACUUUACGGCGCAGUUUACCAACGACAACUCAAGAUGGGAGAGUCUCUGCCUAUUUUUUAUGUCAGUAUCCAGAGCUGCUCUCACAUUCCGCUCCCAUCACCCUCCCUUUGAUUCGGAGAAGCAGCGGAGAAACCUGCGCAGGCUGUCAAUGUACUAUGCCGAUCGAUGCCUUGACAUGUCUCUCAUGCUCGAUUGCUUGAACGACUUGCAGCUUAUGCUCCAAUACGAGAACUUUAUUCUGCAUACACUCAUUGAUGGAGACCAAAGUUUUGAGGCCUGGAGAAGGCUGGGUGAUGUUGCUAGCUCCUUGUUUGCGCUCGGUUACCAUCAGGACACCCACGGCGGCAGCUCAAUACCGGAAUUUCUGAAAGCUCUUCGGAGUUCCACGUUUGCCGUCUCCUAUUCCGCCGAUAAAAAUGUGUCCAUCUUCCUCGGACGCCCUCCACGGAUCAACCAAAAGUUUUGUCAGUUUAGUCGCACCGGACCUGAUUCUUAUUUCUCUCAUGAGUGGCCGCCGGAUGCGAAAUUCGACUCAAAGGCAGAAUCGCGAUGGGCGGCAAUAUGUGCAGUGCUCAAGGAGGAUAUCCUUGAUAUAUCGGGAGAGAAAAACCAAGAAGACAAGAUUCGAAGAGCUAGUGUCAUCAAAGCUGAGGCCGACCUGCAGUGGGAAUCUUUGCCAGCUCACUUCAAACUGGAAGGGCCCAUGAAGUCGCAAGAUUGUAGCCCUGUAGAGCUGGAUAAGUUGCUGGGUACAAAACUCAACUACCUUCACGUUCUAUUUUUACUCCGGCAAGCACUACGCCGUCGGACUUCCGAUUGGGAUCCCGAGCUGAACUCUGUCGCUGGGCAGAUGCUGAGUCUGGUAGUGGAAGCGUUGAUGUUGAGAGAAGGCCUUGUAAACUCUGGGACCUCGCUAGUGUGGAAGGUUGUAUAUUAUGGACUUGCUGCCGCGGGUGUGAUCUGUCUCGCACUCCUGCAACAAGGCCCGGCUACAGACUGCGUCGAAAUGGAUACUUCCAAAGUGUUCCGGGAACUGGCGGUCCUCGUUUCCGAGGUCGAGCUGGGCACGCUGGUUUACAAAGAAGAUGCCAAUUACGCAUUGCUAGCCGGCGCUACGAGCACUAUCAAGAAUCUUAUCGACAGACUCUCCUCUGGCAGGUUUGAUCAGUUCCGGGCAACACAGAGCAAUGUCGAGGCGGCAGCAGAGAAUGCAUCGCCAGUAGAGGGAGAAACCUGGAACCCCUGGGGGAGCGCAAGUGUUCAGGAUUUCGAGUCCAAUUUCUGGCUCACCCUAGCCGAGCAUCCGUUCUUGAUGAGUGAGGAAUUUGCCUUCGAGAUCGCUAGCCCUGGAAUGGAUCUGACUCGUAAAGGAUACCUGAUCCCCCUCGAAACCAACCGCUCAUCGUCAGUUCACAUCGGGGACAAGCUGCACUUUAAUCUAUCGCAGGCUGGUUUUAAGGUCAUCUAUGAUCCUGAGGUGGCCAACUAUAACCCUGAGAAUACAGCAAAUUGUGUUCAUGUUCCCUGUCUUCAAUAUGCCACAACCAAGUUACCUCGGCUUUCAAUUCGAUCAUUCUGCCAGAUAGCAAGGGCUCUCCGUCCGGCCAUGGCCUGGCAAAAUACGGGACAUUUGAGAAGCGAGAAGAAAGAGUUUUCAGGCCUCUCAUCUCUAUCCGACAUAGAAGACACUAGCUUAGGUUUACUUCUUCAUGCGAUCAUGAAAAGACUCCCAGUCGAGCUUGUGGGGAAUAUUAUUCAGUGCGUUGGGGAUGGUUUAUUUUCUUCGUUAACAAUGACUUCAGAGAGCCUUGCCUGGAUUAGAACAAUCGGAUUUACUCGAAUAAUGAAAUCGGAAAAUUAUUUAAGUAACAAACAGGUCUUUUCAGUCUAUAACGACAUCCAACAUCUUGGGUUCGAUUCAGUUCAGGUGAUGGGCGAGGAUUGCCUUAUUGAACUACAAUACGACCCAAAGGUUUGCAGCAGUCGAAUUCCCGUCGCCAAGAAGCAGAUAAAAGGGUUAGAGUUUGGCCUUGGAUUUUAUGGCGUGAUCGGGCUGAGAGUAGUUUAUGUUGAUGACUCGUCCUCGCCAUGGUUAGGCCACAAGUCUCCAAAAUGA